AUGGGACGCAAGCUUGGCAAAACAGCGCCGGAGCCGCUGACGCUGGCGAGCCCGAACACCCUGGACCUGGUCACCAAAAGCGAGCCCACGUCUGCUGCAACUUCGUCACAAGGCGGGACGCCCAUCGAAUCCACCAGAUCGCCCAUCUCCCAACGCUCAUCGCCCUUCACCAGCAUAUUUGCCACGAAGCAGCUGCAGGCCGGGAGCGAGCUGGACCGUCCGCAGCAGCACCAGUACCCAUCCGCCCGCGACGACCAAUCCCCCGUUUCCGCCACGGCGGAAUCGUCGUCUCAGGUCUCGACACCCCGGCAGUCUACAUGGCACUCUGCGACCGACAGCACGAGUAAGAAGUCUGGCAAGGGGGGCUUUUUCCACUUCAACAAAUCCUCCAAGGGUUCCAACCAGCUCCUCGUUGCCCCCCCGCAGCAGCUUCAGACGGGAGAGCAGGCGUCGUCUACGGGCGCCGACCCUGCAGGAACGCCGAGGAACGGAGGUGAGUGUCGAGUCCCAAUCCCCAUUCGUCGCGAAACCAUGCGGCAUCCAUUCUCCGUCUCCCCUCCGCGCCGGAGCAUGCAUCACACCCCACCGCGGCUGACCCGGGAAACGUUUGAAGCAGUCUCCCCCUACGCGCAUGACUCGGUUCAUAAACCCGCGACGCCGAUCCAGUCUCACUCGGAGCUAUCGCUGUCGUCGGCCGGUGAUCAAGAAGGCGGUCCCAUGCCAUCUCCGGGCAAGAGAAGCAAACCAAAAUCGUUUGGCCUGCUCGGUCGCUCCAGGUCCGCGAGGGAUAACAAGGAACCCGACAACCCGCCUACGAUACCCGAGUCGCUUGUUGCCACGUCGGGCAAGCUGGAUUCCACCGAUAGCCCGGCGCCUCUCCGAACAGCCCCCGUCACGCAGGAUCGAGGCACUCGGGAUAUGAUGAACGCGGGCGCGAGGAACCGAUCGGAAGACCAGGGCCCUGGCCGGGACGCAGGCCCGAGCAGAGAGCACCAUCGAGGGCCGCCCCAUUCGACCUUGAGGGAGGCCGGCGGCGGGUCCACAUUCUUCAGCGGCCUGAGGAGCUCGUCGACCAGAGCGGCCGACAUGAUCAGCAAGGGUCUGUUCGGCAAAGGCUCCCGAGGCGGUCACGCCGCCGACAGGGAGCCGGCCGUUGACGACGAGCAGUACGUCCUCAAGGUCAUCAACCUGCCUCUGGUGGAGCAGACCCGAUUGACGCGCAUAUCGAAACGGCUCGAGGACUCGAGAGACAAGACUGAAUUCUGGAUGCCUGCAUUUCCGUGGAGGGCAAUCGACUACUUGAACUACAAGGGCUGCGACAUGGAAGGUCUCUAUCGCGUUCCUGGAAGCGGUCCUCAGAUUAAGAAGUGGCAGCGAAAAUUCGACGAGCGUACGUUGGUCCCCCUCCUCGCGAGCCGCGGCAGGACGGCGUGGAGCGAUGCUAACCCAUCCAUCAACCAUGUAGUCUACGAUGUGAAUCUCUUCGAGGAGGUUGAACUGUACGACAUCAACAUCAUCGGCUCCAUGCUCAAGGCUUGGCUGCGAGAGCUGCCCGAUGAACUCUUCCCUAAGGAGGCACAGAAUCGAAUCGCGAGGGAAUGCGAAGGCGCCACCGAAGUUCCGCAGAUGCUCGUCGACGAGCUCUCCAAUUUAUCUCCCUUCAACUACUACCUCCUCUUCGCCAUCACAUGCCAUCUCAGCCUCCUCCUCGCCCAUUCCGACAAGAACAAGAUGGAUUUUCGAAAUCUCUGCAUCUGCUUUCAGCCGUGCAUGAAGAUUGACGCCUUCUCCUUCAAGUUCCUCGUGUGCGACUGGAGGAAUUGCUGGAAGGGAUGCAAGAACGAAGCCAAGUUCAUAGAGGAGGAGUAUCUCCUUUUCCACCAGCCUCCACCGCGCGGACUGUCCGAACCUCAACGCCUGGCUCAGGCCGAGAAUCUCGAUGGUCGCCGAGCCGUCUCCCCGGACGGUGCCGGUGCCGUCCGAACAAACGGAGCCGGCGACCGGGCCGGCCAGGUCAAGGGCGAAGGCCGCGACUUUUCCCAGUCGAACACCAGCAUCCGCUCCCAGCCAUCGUCCAUAUCAACCAACAUCAGCACCCAAAACGACCGCACUGCCGGAAAGAACGGCCGAGACCAGAACACGCAAGACCUUCGUCAACUUUCGCCCAUCAAGCCGUUGUCGCCCAUCGGCUUCUAA